AUGGCAGGCCAGGAAGGGAACAACGGCGAAGAACUGACCUUCGUCGUCACGACCAACCCCUUCGACAGGAGCACCGCGGCUAACAAGCGGCGUGUGCGAUCGGUGGCGGCGCUCAGAUCGUGGCCUGAGAGACGCAAGAAGACGUUCGAGAAUGUCGACCAAACCGGCAGCCAGGGCGGUUUUGUACUGGAUCUUCCGGAGUCGAGCAGGCCGAAGAGUGCGAAGAGGAAACGCACCAUCGCCGAGACUACGACUACAACUACUUCGACUGCUGCGCGGGAACUGGUAGAACCUCGCCAAGACGACGAGGAACCGCUGUUCGAGGCGUGCACUCGAGCGAAGAAUGAGUGGUGUAAUUGCAUUCAUUGUCAGGCUGAACGGACGUAUCUGUUCGGCCGUGCGGAGGCCAAAGCAAAGGAUGUUGCUGAACUGGAACCGGAACCAUCGCCUAAGCAUCGCAAAACGGCGGACGAUGGAGAGACGUAG